AAAGACAGGGGAAGGGCAGUCGAUGACGGAGCUGUCGUUCUUAUUUUACGAACCCAAACCUCUUUGCUUGACCCACUCUCAAAAUCUCGUAUAGACAACAAAUUAACGUAAGCAGCUGUCUGGUCUCUCCUCUCCCUUUUGCAAUAAUAUUCAAGAGUCAACCAACUUUCCACCUCCAUCUUCAUCUCAUCCUCAGACCACAUCUUCAAAUGGUUGUUUCUUUGAAAGAAAAUUAGCUUUGAGAAAUGGGUAAAAAGAGGCAAAGGGGAUAAUGAAGAAGAUCAUGGACUGGAAUUGCACAAGACUCAACUUACUUGGAUCUUGUCAACCGUAAAUAUAACCCAGAAAAAAAAAGGAAAGUUAACCAUCGUUGUUUUUGUUAGUUUUAGAGGGCAAUGGCUCAUCCAUUUUAUCGAUCACCUUUCGGGGACACGACGUUGACGAAAGUGUUCGUUGGGGGAUUGGCUUGGGAGACGCCGACCCAGGAACUGCGUAGCUAUUUUCAACAGUUUGGAGAGAUUCUUGAAGCUGUUAUCAUCACUGAUAAAAACACUGGCAAAUCUAAAGGAUACGGCUUUGUCACUUUUCGUGAUCCUGAAUCAGCAAGGAAGGCCUGCGUUGAUCACAACCCUGUAAUCGAUGGAAGAAGAGCAAAUUGUAACAUCGCUUCACUUGGAAGGCCUAGACCUUCACCGCCUUAUAGUGGAGUUGCAGCACCACCGCCGCCUACCGUCUUUUAUCCGCCAUACGGGUACCAAACUUACAGUCCUGAAUAUGUGUAUCACCAAGGUGUGUAUAAUCCACAAAUUGAGCAGGCACAAUACUAUCAUCAACUUUAUGGACCAUCAUCGUCAUCAUCAAUGGGGUCCCCAUAUUACUAUGGCUAUUCUUUGCAAGCUCCAAGGGGACCAUUUUCUGCACCACAGCCUCAAGGACCUUCCUAUCUUUACUACCCUACUCCAAUGGAGGGCUCCUCCUCCACAUAUCCGCCUCCUCAACCCUUUCCCUCUUCCUCAGAAUCACAGACUCAACAGCAAACCACCACAGGAACAGAAAGUGGUGCCAUGACAUCUGAAAGUACGAAAAUCUAAAAGGGAACGACACUCAUCCCUGCCAAAAGAAACGUUCAAAGCUGUAAAAUCUUGAUGAGUUUAUUAAUGUUCUUCGUUAAUUCACUCUUACAUUCUCAACAA